AUGCUUUUUACAUUAAUCACUGGAGCUGCGAUAGCAGCUGCAAUGCCGACAAAUGUUGGCAGCUCAUCAUCUAGGGUGACUGUAAACAAGAAUGUACCGCAAUCCGCUGGAGCAGCAAUUCUUGCUCCAUUUGUUUCCUUCUCCAUCGAGUUUUCAUCCUUUCCCGAUUUUGCAGGCAACAAAUCCAAACCUAAUGGAUUUUCAAAUCAGCUCCUUGACAACCUUGCUGACCUACAAGGAGUGAAGCCACAUAUCCGAGUCGGCGGUAAUACUCAAGACUUUGCACUAUAUGAUCCAAACUUGAAGACCCAAAUCAAUGGCACUGUAGUACCAAGUGUGUCUGAAGAUUACCCUUACAUUAUAUCCAUUGGGCCUUCAUAUUUUGAGGCAUACUCUACUUGGCCUGGUGUCAAAUUCAGUCAUGGAUUUAACUUGGGCAAGAACACAAGUGCUGCCUACGACACAUUGAUUGCUACCGUCCCCUUAGCCUGCAAAGCUCUCAGGAAGGACAACUUUGCCUAUUGGGAAUUGGGAAAUGAGCCCGACUUGUUCACCGGAGCUGUUCGACCCUCUGGGUGGAAUGAAGAAGACUAUGUGGCUGAAUGGUUGAACAAAACACCCAUUAUCAAAGCUCAGAUUGCCAAGGCUUGCCCUGAAAUGACAUCGAAUGCGGCAUAUAAAUAUAUUGCGCCAUCGUUUGCAGGAUUAACCAAUGAUUUAGAUCCGAUCGAGACAUGGGAUAAGGGGCUGAAUCAAAACCAAGAUAUUGGGAUGAACUCAAUGCACAACUACAUGGGCGGCGCUGAUUCCCCCGGAGUCACUCUUGCUCAUACUCUGAUGAACCAUACUGCGGUUGUCCACAGCGUCUCUCAGCAUGCCAACCUCGCCCGUACGCUGAGCCAGAAAGGCCUUACUAAAGAUAGAGAUAUCCCAUACAUCCUGGGCGAGAUGAACUCCCUCUACCACCAAGGCAAACCGGGUCUCUCGAACUCCUUCGGCGCCGCACUCUGGGGCGUCGAUUUUAAUCUCUACUGCGCCUCUCAGAGCAUUCACCGCACCCACAUGCACCAGGGGACAGAUUACCGCUACGCGUCAUGGCAACCAGUACAAACCGACAAGACCACCAUCGGUACUAAGGCUCCGUACUAUGGCAACGCCAUGGUGGCCGCCAUGCUGCGCGGCAGUGGAGACGAAGGGAGCGAGGGCCGUGUCCAGCUGGUCAAUCUGGAGAUGCCACACGAAACCGAGGCCGCCUAUGCUGCGUACGUCAACGGGCAGCUGGCCCGGAUCGCCAUUAUCAACAUGCAGCAACAUAAUUAUACCGGCAAUAAUGACAGCUCGGCGUCCCGUCCUUCGGCAUCGUAUCAAUUCCUUUUACCCGAGACCGAGGGAAAAUCCCUUUCGGUCCAACGGCUGCUGGCAAAUGGUAGCGACGCUAUCACGGGAAUUACCUGGGAUGGGUGGUCUUACAACUACGAGUUGAAGGGUGGUGCGCCAGUGCGACUGCACAAUGUCACGACUGGGGAGACCAUCGCGGUGGGAGCAAAGGGGGCGGUCGAGCUCGCAGUGCCUUGGUCGAGCGCUGUUAUCUUGAACCUAUAG